CAGCUAUCAACUGCCCAACUUGAACCUCCAGAGGAACAGAGGAGACGCUUUGAAAUCGAAUGCGAGUUUGUCCAGGCUCUCGCCAAUCCUCAUUAUGUGAACUUUCUGGCACAACGUGGUUUCCUAAAGGAGCAGCAUUUCAUCAACUACUUGAAGUACCUUUUAUAUUGGAAACAACCAGAGUAUGCCAGGGCUCUGAAAUAUCCGCAGUGCCUACAUAUUCUCGAAUGUCUUCAGUGCAGUAAUUUCCGUGAGGCCCUUACCUCAGGAGCAAAUGCUAAAUUCAUUGAAGAUCAGCAGGUUCUCCAAUGGCUGUACUAUUUGCGAAAGCGACAGAGAUUACAUGUAAGUUUGGAGGAUUUCGUAUAA